AUGAAGAGCAACAAUACCAUUUGGAGGAGGAGAAUCUCGUUCUCUCGUCAAUCUCCUCAACAAGAUGAUGACAGUGGUGAUGCAGAUGAACAGGAACAUAGUUCAUUGAAUUCGAGCGGGUAUGAUGAUAUGGAUGAUGAUUGCAGUAGUGAAAAUCAUUCCGACCAACAAGAGACCUACAAUGUGAUGAAUGAAAUUAAUAAUGAAAUUAGGAAAAGAAAAAAACGAGAACCACUUCCUCCAUGGAAUGAAAAAUUACUCUCCGAAUUGGUUCAUUUGGAAUUUAUAGAAAAUGAAGACGAAUCACAAUAUAUACCUUCUCAAUUUUUAAUAGAAUUGGAAAAACUUGUAAAUACUCGUGAAUUAUUUCAAGUCAGCAAUGACGUUAAAAUGAAAUCGUUUACACAAGAAUUUAUUACUACCUGUGACAGAGUUAAACACAAAUUCUUUAAGGAAUUGGCAGCUAUAAGAAAAAAGUAUCUAGAAAAUAAGGAAAAUUGGCAAAGUAAAUUUACAGAUGAUGAGAAAGAUCAAUUAGAAUAUAUUGAAUAUAUGGAUGACAGAUAUGGAAUCAGUUUUGAAGAGUCUGAUUUUGAUGAAACCACUGGUCGAUUUUCCUGUUGCAAGGAGCAUUGUAUGUGUUAUUGGAAACGAGCUCGAGCUCUUUACAAAACCUCUACAAAAAAUACAAAUAAUGACGACCUGAAAUUAGGAAUGUCAGCAGUCAGUGACAUUACUUACGUGUUACAAAAUUUAGAGAAUCACAUUGAGGACACAUUUCUAUUGUCACUCAAGAAAAUUCAAGCUCUUGAAAAUAGGGUAUCCUGCUUAUAUGAUUUAAUCUUUAUACUUGGAGACAUGGAUAUGAAAUUUUCAAGUGAAACACUCGAAGCAAUGGCUUUUGCAAAUGGCAUGGAUGAUGAAUCAUAUAACAAAAAGAGGAAAUUAUCAUCUCUGUCUGUCAAAUUAAUUUAUGAAAUGGCUAGAAAAGACAUCAAGCAAUGUUUUUCGCUCUACAAAACACAUUUACUGAAAUAUGGUGGAGAGGAAAAUUAUUGCAAUUUUGCAAACAAUUACAGAAACACGACUUCAUAUAGUAUUUACUUGAGAGAUAUUGUAAAUUAUCAUGAACGAAUACGAGUGUUGGAUCAUUCCAUUGCAUUGCAUGAACGGCUUAACGAAGAACAUUUUGACAAACAUAGUUGGUUGAGCGAACGAUUUGAAAUUGAAUGUAUGAAAAAUCCAUUCUCUUGUAUUUGCACCAAUGACAGUCACGAAGAUACUAAUCUCACAACUCUCUACAAUAACAAGGCCCUUCAACUCAAGCUCAUGGGAAAAUUCACUCAAUCUCUUGAAGUCUAUAACACAUUAAUGUCAAAAUAUAUCAUUCCACGACAUGAUGUAUAUCCACAAGAAUUUUUAAAUCCUCAAGAAAUACCUGAAACAGAGUUUGAAGCUUGUAAUUUGUUACGAUCAAGUGAACUCAUGAGCUGGCGAAAAGAAGAGGCCUUUAUUCUCAACAAUCGAGCGUUUACGUUCAUUUCAUUAGAACGCUAUGAUGAAGCCAUUGCUGAUUUUCACAGAGCCUAUCUACUCGAUGCCUCUCAACAUUCAUAUUCACACAACCUUGGAUUUGCAUAUUCUUUUAAGGAAGAUCAUUCGAAUGCAGUAUUGUGGUACACCAAAUGUAUUGAAUUGUUUCACAAGGUUGGAAAAGACAAAUCUGACCUUCUUGAUACCUUUCGAAAUAGAGGAAUGAGUUUAGCGGAUUGGAAAAAGUAUGAUUUAGCCAUUAUUGAUUUGUCCAUCUAUUUGGAUGGAAUUUAUGAAGAAUAUCCAACGCCUGAAGAAACACCAGACAAUGUCAAGGCCAAUAUGGCAACGGCAUUCUACUCGAUGGCCAUUUGUAAGAAAGAACGAGGAUAUAUUGGGAGUGGAAUGAAUGAUCUUUUGAUUGCAAGAGAAUUAAUGACAGAGCUUGAAAUUCUGGAACUUGAGGAAUGGGAAUCGGAAUACUUUUCCAUGUGUCUGCGUUUUUACUUGACUCUUUAA